AUGGCAACCGUUAUCAUUGGGGGUGGUAUUGUUGGUGUCUCGAUAGCAUAUUAUCUCUCAGAUCCCGAGAGGUUACAAAGGCCAAAGGAUAUUCAUAUUGUUGACUCUUCUGCCGAGUUGUUCGCAUCUGCAUCAGGGUUUGCAGCAGGGUUUUUGGCUAAAGACUGGUUUUCUCCAGAAAUUGAGCCCCUGGGGAAAUUAUCCUUUGGCCUGCAUCGUCAGCUUGCAACAGAAAAUGAUGGAGCUGAAAAAUGGGGGUACAUGGCUAGUACUGCAAUUAGUUUGCAAGUGGAAGGGCCAGACGGAACAAAAACCAAACGGGGUGACGAUUGGCUGCGGCGUGGUGCUAGUAGGGCGGAGGUUGCAGUGAAAGACAACAUAGUUGUCAGCCUAUCGGACCGAUUCCCGGCAUGGUUGACUGAGCAGAAGGGUGGGAUAGUUGAGAAAAUAAGCAAUACCGGCACUGUUGCCCAAGUGGAUCCUCUACGACUCUGCCGCUUUCUUUUGGGAAAGUGUCUUGAAAGAGGCGUGCAAAUCCAUUAUCCAGCUCGUGUCCUUGCUGUCUCCGGGAACCCAGACAAAGCGGUUCUACAACGCCUAGAUACGAAGAAGAAAUUCGAUAUUGCAUGUACAAAACUCAUCCUAGCGGCGGGACCGUGGACGCCACGAGUAUUCCAAACCAUUUUUCCAAGGUCGAAGUCCAAUAUCGAAGUUGCCGCUUUAUCGGGAUAUUCCCUUGUGUUCCGUUCGCCCCGAUACACUUUCGAAGACGAGAAGGGGACAUAUUCCGGCAAGAGUCAUGCAGUAUUUACUACCCAUCCUAAGUCUUGCGGGUUUAGCCCGGAAAUUUUCUCUCGUCAUGGUGGUGAAAUUUAUAUCGCUGGACUAAACUCCUAUGAUAUCCCGUUGCCAGAGGUGGCUACUGAUUCAUUCAAGAUAAUGGAAAAGGAGAAAUCAAACAGAGUCAGACGAGCUGCUGCAGUCCUCAUGGGACGGCCCCAGGGACCAGGUGCAGAUAAUGUCGACGACUUUGAGAUUGUGCGUGAAGCUCUCUGCUUCCGCCCAGCAACAGAGAACGGUCUGCCUAUAAUUGGGCGGAUUACACAUCAUCUGUUGGGCUCCAACAUAGAUUACACCGGCGAUGUUUUCGUUGCCACAGGACACGGUCCAUGGGGAAUAGCGCUGUCGCUAGGUACCGGCCAAGUUGUUGCAGAAAUGGUUACUGGAGCAAAAACAAGCGCAGAUGUGAGAUAUUUGGGGUUCGACCCAAAAGCUGGAGAGCUUUCUAGCCGCCUAUAA